GUUGGGUGGGAGAAAGCCGGAGGCUAGGGAUUCCAACGUAAAUUCGCGCGUUGGUCCGGCGAGGGAAGAUCUCUCUUACGGAUCCUUUCCGUUAAAUGUGGGUCUUGAUCAAGCGCCAUGCCUUUGGAAGUGUUGCGAGGGUCCUUGAGGAUGCUAAAAAAUUCUCUGCCCAGCCACCUGCAGAAAGUCGGUCUCGAGCAUUUGCAGCUGGGGGUCGAUUAUACCAACCAAUAUAUUCAGGGAGUCAUUGUUACUUCCUAUCAAUUGACUAAACUUGGAAAUGGGACAUCUUUCUUCAAGAUAGUACUUCAAGAGUCAGACAACUCAUCUUCCAGGAAUAGCAGCAUCUACACUUUAAUAUUUGGGAAACUGGCAGAAGAUUGUGCCAAAGUUGUCCAACAAGGGGAUAUCAUCGUAGUGGCUGGAUUCAGUUUGGCAAAGUCUGCUAACGAACAUAAUAGGCAUUGCUCUCAGGUGGAAGUAUCUGAUGAAGCCGGCUCAACCAUUUAUGUUUGUACUAGAUCAUCACGAAUUAUGACUGGGACUGAAACUGUAGCCAUGCAUGUUGCUCCCCAAUACACAUAUACUCCUUUGAAUCAACUUAAAAAUGGAACUGUUGUCAACCUGUACGGGGCUGUGAAAUUCUUCAAGCCUCCAUAUUUAAGCAAAGGAACUGAUUAUUGUUCAGUGGUGACCAUUGUAGAUCAGUCCAAUGUGAAGUUGGUGUGUUCAUUUUUUAAUGCAGUCAGAGGUGCCCUUCCACACAUUUACAGAACUGGCGAUAUUGUUCGAUUUCACAGAAUAAAGAUCAAAGAAUUCAAUAAUCAGAUGCAGGGGAUUUCAGGCAUUGCAUUUUCUGCACUUACAUUUGAUGGUACUAUCGGAGCCCCAGUGAUUCCCCGAACAUCUAGCAAAACGUUUUCAUUUACUGAUGAAGACAGAAAAACUGUAGAAGACUUGCGUAUUUGGGUGGCAAGUAAUCUUUCUAAUCCAGCUCCCACGAAAAAAUUAAGGGACAUCCAGCCACCAAUGUUUUUUGAAUUCACCUGCCAGCUAGUAGGAAAAGCUAAAGUGGAUGGAUCUUCUUAUCUUCUCAAGGUGUGGGAUGGCACAAAAUGCCCUUUCCCGUCUUGUAAAGUGCUUGUUAAAGAAGAAGAUCUAGAGGGAGAUGGCAGUCUCAUCCAUCGAUUAAAACAUCUGACAGUGGAUGUUGUAGCUUAUGAUAAUCAUGUGCAGGUGGCAAAGCUACUAAAGACUGGAGAAUUCAUUACAAUGUACAACUUGCACGUCAAAACCCAAAGUUCUGAAAAGCCCAAUGUUGUACAAUUUCUUCUUCAUGGAGGCACUGGCCAUGGUCGUGGGAUUGGCGUCCUGCCAGAAAACCACCCGGAUAUCAAAGAACUAAAGUCAUUCAUGGACACUGUAGACUUGGCAGAAAGUGAGGGUGCAGAAAGAGCUUCUCCAGAGCCUGAAAAUUCUUAUAGUUUAUUAGGAUCCUGUGUAGAGAGAUGUCAGCAGUUAUCUGUUACAGUGCUAACAGAUCACCAGCAUUUUGACGUAACUACACUGAACACCAUCAGAAUGAGCAAGAUCCCCCAGCACUAUCGCAUCAGAGCUAAGCUGCUUAAAUUUGAACCUGAGAAACUCCAUCAGUCUGUUAAACUUCAUUGCCCUCAGUGCAAUUCAUUGCAAGAAAUUCCAGAUGGGACUGAACUUGAUUCAAUUUUACGAGAAGCUUCAGCUACUAGUUCAGAGCCAAACUUGCAAAAUACCUUGUUCUGCAAAUCUGUUGUGUGGGAUACUGAAAACCAGGGACAACGGCACGUAGCUGUUCAUUUUGUGGAACACAAUGAGCUCCUUCAAAGCCCAGAAGACAGUUUAGUUUUCCUAGAAGGAGGUACUCUGAAUGAAAUCUUGAAGUUCUCUAAAAAAUUUAAAGGGAUUAUACCAGUGACAUCCAAAGAAGACUGCCUUGUGCUAUUGGACCUUUCAGCUCCAUAUCUUUGGCAAGGAAACAUGCAGUAUUAUGGGUGCAAGCACUGUUCAGAUCCUAAGGCAGUGGCAAGUCUGAGCUGUCUUGCUGCACAGGAAAAUCCAUCAUGGGAACACACUUCUGUAGCACAAGUGUUAGGAAUUGUACCUCUCCAAUAUGUCUUUGUGAUGAAGUUUACAUUGGAUGAUGGAACAGGAAGAUUGGACGUAUUUCUACUGGACAGUAAAAAAUUCUUCCAAAUUCCAGCUUCUGAAGUCUUAAUCAAUAAUAUAUUUCAAGAGAGUAUGGAGAGGAUCAUGAAUAGACUUUGUCCUGCAGGCAAAACCCUAGAUGACUUGCCAUGGCUUGAAUGCUUCAUCAAGUCUUACUAUGUCAGAGAUGGAACAGAAAAACUACUUUGCUAUCAAAUUUUUGAUACUACAGUUGCUGAAGAUGUCUGAUAUCUAACUGCUGAGAAGAUUCAAAGGUUACAAUUUUUUAAAACUUUCAUUUGAAUAAAUAAGCAGCAGAUGGUUUUCUUAGUAAUGUAUUUUUCUACUAGUUCUGCCAUGCACAUAUAUAAGGAACGUAUCCCAGAAUAUUAUACCAUUUAAAUAUGGUAUGUUCUGUUUUUUCUAUAUAGAAAAUCCAUCCCUGCUCAUUGAAACUUCUUUGCAUUUCUUCAGGAUAACUUUUUUAUUUUAAAUCCAUUCAAUCAUGUCCAAUUCUCAGAGACUGCCUGGACAAGUCCCUGCAGUUUUCUUGGCAAGGUUUUUCAGAAGUGGUUUGCCAUUGCCUCCUUCCUAGGGCUGAGAGAAAGUGACUGGCCCAAGGACACCCAGCUGGCUAUGUGCCUAAAACAGAACUCAUGGUCUCCCAGUUUCUAGCCUGGUAUCUUAACCACUUCACCAAACUGGCUCUCCCAGGAUAAUUUAAUGAGCAUUAAAUUACUAAACUACUAGUGUAUCCAAAGUUCUUAAUGUAUAACCACACAAAAUGACACUAAUAAAGAGAGUAUGACUAAUGUUUCAGAGCUGAAACCCUUUAAACAACAGUCAUCUAACUUUUUUCUUGUGCAUGAAGUAAGCACAACAUAUGCUUAAUUAUGCUAUAUGGGACUGGAAACUCCAUUGUUAAGAGACAUUGUUGUAAGUCCAAGAACAAUGUGACCAUGCUCCUUAGCAAUGACAGUUCCAGCAGUCCCAGUUGCCAUCAUUAAGCGAGGAACUCACAUGACUGUGACUUGCAUCUUCCUGCCAGCUUCCCUAUUGAUUUUGCUUGUCGGAAGCCAGUGUGGAAGGUCACAAAUCAUAAUCAUGUGACCGUGGGGAUGCUGCAACAGCAGCAAGGACGAGGACCAGUGAUGACUACCACUCAUUCAGUGCCAUCAAAAGUUCAAAUGGUCACUGAAUGAGUAGUCAUUAAACCAGGACCACCUGUAUUUGGUUCAUAAACCAGCUGAUUCUGAGCCUAGCUUAACUGCUGUCAUCUCAGAGGACUUUGAUAUAAGAAGGGCAAGAACUAUGAAGUAUAAAUUGAAGUUCAUUGAAGCAGACCUAUUCUUAAAAGAGGUAUAGCUUUUCUACCCCAAGGAGUUGCAUCCUUGGGUUCUGCAUCAGUGCUAGUAACUUACAUGGCUUCCAUAUAAUCGGUUGAGUUAUUACAGUGCAGUAGCUCCAUUUACAAAUUAGUUUGCAGUGCGCACAAUACAGUUAGCUUUAUAUUUGUCCUAACAGUCAGAAGUCACGCUGAGACGAGGAGUAGAUCUCUAGAGUUUAUUACUGCAACAUAAAACAGAAUCCUAACAAACUGAAGAAGCGUGGGAAAACCCAGACAGAUAAACCCCAAAAGUUAAGGUGGGUCUGAUCUGUGUCUCUUUGAACGCUUAAUUCCUCAGUACUACGCAUGCGUUUUCUCCCCUAGAUAGAGGCCCCCUCCUGCUUGCCAUCAGUACUCAUGACAGUAUUUUAUGUUUCCAUAGCAAUGAAAUAAUCUCUUUUAUGUAAAGGAAAAAAAAAUCAGGAGCUAAACCUAUAAUGUCCACUCCACUAGAAUGCUCCUGAUUGUGCAUAUAAAACACAUGCAUUAAAGUAAUAGUAUUUGAAUCAAAUAUGUCAAAUGGGCAUAUAUUAGGGGAUGAUUAAAUUAUGAAAGAAUUUAAUACUAAAUCCUUUCAUUAAGUGAUGCAUGUGGUUGUGUUUUAAUGCAUUUCCUAAGAGCUCAGGUUGCAUGUAAUUUAAGCAGCUAAAUUUGGUCUUGGGUUACAUUCCUGCUAAUCCACUUUCCUCUUUUGUAUAAUCUGGUUUUGAUACUAGUUUCAGAUACAAAGAUUUUCAGGCCAGUAGGCAACUGUACUAACUGAUUCUCAAGAGUGAAACAAUUUACUAAUGGUUGGCUUUGUAUAUACACUGACUUGUGUAUUUAUAUAUUAAAAAAUCAUUAAAAGCAUGGAAUAAAUAUAAAUAUA